AUGGAGCCCGUAGGUGAAGAGACGCAAGUUGUGUUUACGGAGCCCACGGAAGAUGAUAUCCAAACUCUAAAAGAGGCUCUAAAUGUAAAGAUCAGACGAUUGGCUGAAAUAAAGAAAAAAUUGGGCCUUACAGAUAUUAGUACAAUUUCAUAUGAUGUAAAGGAGGGAUUGACCCGCAUUGGUGAAAGUGCAACGUAA